AUGGUGAUCAAGCUAUUCUCAAAGCUUGGAGAGAACUCGAAGAAGAUUUUGAACGAUGAUUUUGUUUUCCAGCCGAAACUCACUGUGAAAAGCACGACACAGAACGGUGUAACGUACUCUGUGAACGGUGUGCAGACGCCGAACGGAAACAUUGAGGCGGACUUUGGGACGAAAUUCAAAUUAGAGCCUGCGAACCUCGGAUCCAUUAUAUCCGGUGGUGCUGCAACAAACACAAUCUCUCUGAAGCUUUUCACCACCGGUGCAGUGAGUGCAGAAACCGUGCUCGACGACGUUGCAAAUGUCAGCGGUCUGAAGGCGACCCUGUCGGGCACCGUGCGUGACGCUUCCAACUUUGUCGCUCUCACUUCCGAGUACGUCGGGCACAUACUUGCGAUUUCAGCUGGUGUCAAUGUGUUCGGUACCACGGCGGCGACGAGUUCAGGUGACACAUCGUCACCGAGCACUGCGCUUUUCAACGGCUCCCUUGUUUUGGGCGCUGAAGGCAUAUAUGUCGGCGGCGAGCUCGAGUACAAUGCGAGCAAUGCAGCCAUAAGCAAAUACAAUGCGGCGAUCAGUUACUGCGAUAAGGGUGAGAGCGAGCUGCUUCUUGCCCUCACGGACAAAGCUCAGUGUAUUCGUGCUUGCUAUGCUCACGCUAUUUCAAAAAGAUUGAGCGUCGCCGCAGAAAUCAGCUAUAGAAGAGCGACGGAUGCCAGGCUUUUGACUGUAGGAUUCAAAUACGGAAUUGACGAGCUUUCAUCGGUCAAAGCUAAGGUAGAUUCUGCAGGCGAACUUUGUAUGGCCUACAUCCAAGAAAUUCGGCCGAGGACGACUUUAGUGCUUGCCUCCAGAUUGAACGUGAACCAGUUGGACAAAGGAGGCCAUCGGGUCGGGUUGUCUUUGACAUACGAUGCCUAG